AUGCCUCUGCUUCCACACGUACCGGAUCCGGCCUCCUACGUCCCCAUAUCACUGUCUUCCUACUGCGACGUUUGCCACUAUUCUAUCCCUCCCUCGCACGCUCGCUUCCAUUGCAACACAUGCAACAAUGGCAACUACGACAUUUGCAACUCCUGCUACCACUCGCUCGUCAACACAGGCAAAAUAGCUCGAGACAACGGACCCAUGGGCUGGCGCCGCUGCCUCCGCUCGCAUCGCAUGAGCAUCGUCGGCUAUGAAGACAGAGAAGGCGGACCCCAGCGCAUAGUAGUCAAAGAAAUAGUCGGCGGAUGGGCCCUCAAAGACGACAUUCCCACCAGAGCCACAGCCACACAGCAACAGCACCAAGACCACUGGCGCUGGAAAGAACACGACGGCACUGCCAAAACCGCUUCUGCAGCCAGGAUGUUAGCCUCUUCCCCACACGUGUUUCCACCUUCUGGAGGUAUAGGACUCCGGGUCCAAGCUCUUUGGUCGUACUUCCCUGGCGAUGAGGUGCGAGAUGAACUGCGUUUCCCGCGCAAUGCGAUUAUCACUGAGGUGGAAGAUAUCAACGGAGACUGGUUCUGGGGCGCGUAUUGUGGAGACAAAGGAUUGUUCCCGGGCAACUACGUUAGGGUCGUGUGA